UCCGAUAAAUUUGCAAAGAUUUUAUGAUAACUUAAAGCGAAUCUGUAAAUUCGCCUGAUAAUGAACUUUUUGAAGAAUUGUGGGAUUUUUGCUAAACGUUUUUAAUGCUGAGUAUAGAUAGUUUUGAUAGGUGGAAUAAACUUAACAGAAAAGUAAAUUCGUGUGCAUUAUACUCGUAUGAAGUUAUUAGAUCGACAACACAUUAAAAAUGAGCACUGAGCGUGGAAAUGCAUCACGAACAAGAUCUCAAAAGCAUAAAAACCGCACCGCUUUCAAAAAUGAUCUGCACGACAAAACGCAUCAACAAAAGAAGCUAAAUUCUUUACACGUAUCUGAGGUUUGUCAACAUUGCAAGGAUGUCAUAGAAUGGAAAAUUAAGUAUAAAAAAUAUAAGCCACUGACUCAACCAAAAAGCUGCACUCGUUGUCAACAGAGGAAUAUAACAAAAGCAUACCAUGUGCUCUGUCGUCAAUGCGCGCUGGAAGCACGUGUAUGUGCCAAGUGUCUCAAAAAUGCGGAGCAGAUUGAAAUUGAACCACCACAGCCUACAAUAGAAGAGCAGAGUAAGCUACAGGUUGAAAUGGAUCGGCUUAUAAAAUCGUUGCCUGAACGUAAACGUAGAGCUUUUCUUCGUUAUAUGAAUAAAGGCAGAAGACAAGAAGCUUUAGAGCAGAGUUCGCGCGAUGAGAAAUUCGACGAAGUUGAUGGACAGAAGAAGGAGUUAGUAAGCCAAAAACAUUUGCCCCACACUCGAGAAGAUCUGCUACAAAAGAUUGAGCUGCUAAAGCUAAAUAAUGAUAGUUCCGGAUCGGAAUUUGAUUCCGAAAUCGAUGAAGUGUAAUUUUUAGUACAUUUAUUAGAUUAAAUAGCAAAUAAGUGAUUUCGCAUAAAGGAUAAUUUAUCUGUUUAGUGGUCUGGCCACCACAAUUAAUUCUUUUAAGUCGUUCAAAAAUUAUUAACAAAAUACAAUUCCGUAAAAAUGUUAUUUUGUGUCCCUAAGAGCCUUCGCACACUAGUCGUAUCGUCAUCGUCACUACAUAAAAAAUAAUGCUUGUCCGCACACAAUGUAGCUUGCUGUCGUCAAAGUGCGAGUUGUCAAUAUGUCGAGCGAUGAAAUUGAACUUAUUUAAUGGUAAUUAUAUUCCCCAUCGGAGGAUAAAUUAAAGAAAAAGGAGGCACUGAGUACAUCCGUAAAUUAGAAAUAUCUCAAACAGCAGAUUAUUCAUUGGCACAACGAAGUUGCAAGAGGAUGAUUGCAAGUUUCAGACUUGACGAUGACGCUACGACCCGUGUACGAAGGCUCUAAUUGCUCAUUCAGUAACGCUUUGAGUUGCCGUAUUAAUGUAAACGCAAUGACUAUGGUCCAUUACGACGUAUAGCCAACUUCAUAUACAAAUAUUUUGAAAGCGUAGUGACAAGCAAUUCAGCUGAUUUAAAGGUUUUACGUUUUUCUAUUUUUUUGCGUGGCUAGCAUUUCCUACUUCACUGGCAGUACUUCGUUUGCGAGUUGUCCCCAGCAAAAUUAGAAAUAGGUUUAAUUGGGCGACAACGACAAUUUGCAGUUUGCAGCCUCAAGUCGUACUGGUUUUAAAAUGAUUGCGUUCAUAAGAACGUGUGUAUUUUAAUAUUUGACAAAUGCUGCCUGUCGUCCGCCGUCGUCAAAGUGUUUAUACUACUACUUAACUUGAAAACGAAUUCCAUUGUUGUAUUCUUAAAAUUUUCAACAAGACAUUUUGUUAAAACAUUAUAUAAUAUAAAAUGUAUGAAAUAUAAA